GGAGGUGUGUUAUAAGCCGGCAUCAUCAAUAUAUUACACAGGACUGACUGUAGAAAUGCCAGUUGCAACAUCGGGAAAUUCAUUACUUUGGACUCCAAAUAAUUCACUUCAAGCUGGAGUUUAUAAGAUAUAUUGGGUCCCUUUAGACAAUACUCAGCCUGAAGUAGACAGCCCAACAUUUACGCUCGGCCAGAUGCCUGUUAGCUCUUCUACCAAUACAAGCAGCGCAAGUAAUAAUCAGGCUAGUUCGAUCGGCAUAAAUUCAACCACCUCACCCACUGGAACAUCUACCCCUACUGCAGCAAAUGGGGAAGCAGCCUCAGCUUCGAGUUCUUCAAUGAGCGCUCAGCCCGCAUCCAAUUCAUCUAAUUCCCUGACAAACACCAUUAAAAUCAGCAUCUCCGUCAGCAUAAUCCUCGGAGUAACCCUCAUUAUGGUCAUUGCCUUUAUACUCAUCCGGCGUCGCCGCUAUCUCGCAACCACGCCUCGAACAAAGAGACAACUCACCACGAAGGAAAUCGCAGACGAUAACGAUUCAUGGGAUGGAGAACGUCAAUUUCAACCCGAACUACCUACUGAGUCAGAGGCUGCGACGAGAUCGUAUGUUGAUCUGGUGAAGAAGAAACAUGUCAGUGUUAAUGCGGAGCCAGUGGAAAUGGAUGCGUAUUUUGGUGGAAGGGAUGUGAAAAGUGGAAAUGGGAUAGAUGAGCGGAAAGAAAGACGCAAGACGAGAGAAAUGGAUGCAGGGCUGGGAUUGGGAUUGGGAGAUGUAGAAGAGCUGGUCGAACCUCGAGAGUUGGAUGUUGGGAACUCGGGGACGAUCUAUGGGGAAGGAAAAAUUGGCCAUCGGUUUAAUGUAAGAGAUAAUGUUAAUAUUAUUGGAAUAUAAACUAAGUCCAUUGAUCAAGUAUGGAUGCGAGGUUUAUGCAAAUGAUGGUGGAAUUCUA